GCAACGGGAAUAACAGAGGCCCGCUGAGCGCGCGUGCGCGGCUGUCGGUUGUUGAGGGGUGUUUGGUGGGGAAAACUAAGUCUUGGGGUUUCGCCUGAGCAGGAACGGUCGCAGCGAGCCUCAGGUAGACGGAAGGGUGACAAGACAUGGGGUCAGCACCUAGACCUCUCAAAGGCCCGACGGACCGAAGAGUGAGGGCUUGUCCCCAAAGCGGAAUCUCCAGUGGGGGCGCCCCGGCUGACCCUUCAGGACAGAACUCGGCUUCCGCAUUCCAGAUCUAAAACCGGCAGCGGCCAGUUCAGGUGGUCCCCGCCUCUCAGGUUACAGACUUUCCUCCGUGUUCGCCGCGGGGACUCCUUGGGCUUCAGUCCAAGCCCUGAAUGGCUGGUCUCCAGUUGGCGCCGCCUCUACCUGUGGGCGUUAUGCUCCCAUAUAAUAAAACAGAAGCUCCAAGGCUCCAUUCAGCUAAGCAAGAGCCCUAUGAAAAAGGUGACUCUCUCCAGCAUUCCUCUAUGGGGCACCUGAGGAACAAUUUCCAGCAGAAGCUUUUGAGUGAUGAAGAGCUGACACUGGAUAAUCUCUACACUCACCGCAAAUGGAACACCUGCACAAAAGCCCGAGGCUACUCCUAUCCCUGCUGUGCUGGAAUCAGCCAGCAAGAUUCGAGAAGCAAUCCCCAGGGCCAAACAAAGGGUUUGCUUUACUCAUCGGGCCUUCAACCCCGGUAUCCCAAAACAAAUAGCAAGGAAUUCAUCCCUUUUACAAAGAAGCGAGUUGGAGUGGACCGGGCAUACCCACUGAAACCUGUGUUUCAUCGGAAGUCCCAUCAUACAGGUGAGGCUGACACUGAUGGGGACCAGAAUGUCUCUCCAAGGCCCCCUGAGCCUAGAGAGUUUUCAUACAGUAACUUUGGUUCGAGAAAAUGGGUUUAUUCAUCUGUGAUUGGUACAGUUGCUGCCACUCAGGAAGAGAGGGUCAUGGCAAACCCCAACAGAACUGAGUGGAUGCAAAUCCAAAGACUAGAAGCUGCAGGGGAGAGCUUAGAAGAGGAAAUCCGAAGAAAAGAGACCCUUCUGAGGGAAAAGCUGAAGAAAACAGAGGAAGAACUAAGAAGGAUCCAGAAAGAAAAGGAACAGGCUGAGGAAAAUGAAAAAAGAGAGCUACAGAGAAUGGCACUCCCCAGCAGGAGAGUUAAAGGUAACAGCAAGACCACAUACAAACCUAUCUUCUCCCCAGAAUUCGGGUCUGAGGAGGUCUUCAGUAGAGACAAGGGAGGGGAUGAAACUUGGGGAUGGUGUCAAGAAAAUUCUGGUCCAUUCCAGGCCUCUGAGUAUGGAAUUCAGAAGCUCAAAAGGGAAAGCUUGGUGGCAAGCAAUAACAAAAUCCGAGACCGAGCCUCUGGGUCAUUGAAGGAGGAGAAGUUUACUCAGGCUUCAGAAGUGCCACACAGUGCUUUUCAAGGAGCCACCAGCGAUUCUAGCUCGCCUAGGGCACCAGACUCCUCGGGUUCCAGCUGUUCCACUAAAGAGCCAGAACUGGGCGAGUGCAGCCACUGUGGACGAAAGUUUCUCUUGCUUAGGUUGGAGAGACACUCCAACGUCUGCAGCAGGAUGCAGGGUUCCAAGAGGAAAGUGUUUGACUCCUCCAGGGCCCGGGCCAAGGGCACAGAACUAGAGCAGUACUUGAACUGGAAGGGAACAGCCUCCGUCAAGGCCGAACCUCCUAGGAAGAGCAACUGGAGACAGAAGCAUGAAUCUUUCAUCCGUACCCUCCGUCAGGCUCGAGAGAUCCAGCAGGUAAUUGCCAAAGGUGGAAACCCCUCAGAUCUGCCUCCUAUCCGGCCUGCAGAAAAUCCAGACUAUAUUCAGUGUCCUCACUGUAGCCGCCACUUUGCUCCCAAGGUGGCUGAGCGGCACAUUCCCAAGUGUAAGACCAUCAAGAACCGUCCUCCGCCUCCAAGGAAGCAUUACAGUUGAGCAGACAGCAGUGGAAACCUCAAUAGUAAAGAAGGCUCUGCUUCUCUUCAGCAGUAAAUGGGAGUAAAAUAAUCUGAUGCGGAGCAGAAAGAACUGAAACUUUGACAUCUACCAGAUCUGCCUGCAGAGCUGAAAUCAGUGAGGAGAGACCCACUGCUAAGCAGCAGGAGGUGGAAGGAAGCCUCAGCUUCCCAUUAAAUCACCACCUCAGGCUGAUAUGCCUUAUGUUAUUAUCCUAAGAGCUGAUAGGUGAAGACACGUAGGAGUAGCAAGGAGUCUACAUUAAAGCUCUCCUCUUGCAAGCCUGACUUGUGGUUUGUGCUGGUUAAGUGCCUGCAUUUGCUGUGCCGUCUUGCCAUUGCCUCUGCAUGUAUGUCUGUGGUUCCUGUUAACUCUUCUUGUUCUUGCAAGAAGUUGGCUUUUUAGGAUGAGCUGGUGUCAGAGGAUCAUGGUAUCUCUUGUAAAAAAUAAUACAAUUUUGCUGUAAGGCAAAUGACCUCUCUGGUACAUGGUCCUGGCCAAAAGCCAAUACAAGUAUGGAAGGUUAGGGUGCCAGUAUGUCCUAAACCCUCCCGAUGUACUGUGUAAUACAGUGAACCUCAUCUUUAUGUACUUUACAGGGUAGGGAUGGAGGAAAGCACACUGUGUCUCUGUAGUUGUUCUUUCCUAAUGGAUUUCAUAUGUCAAAAAAAAAAAAAAAAGGCAGUUGGGGGAGGAAGGAACUUCAGUUUCAGCUAUUGCUAGCACUCUGCUUUCAAAUCAGGCUGGCUGGAUGACUUCCUAAACGAGGCAGCAAAAUCUACCAUCAAAGCAAGCUGGGAUACUGCAGUGUCACAUGUCCCUGCCAAUUACACUACAGUAAGCUUCUAUUUUAGAAAGUAAACUUUAAAGGAAGAGGUACUAGAUCUUUAAAAUUUUCUCUGGACAGAAUUGUGUCUAGUGCCAGUAACCUUCAUAAUUAGGCUCUCAAUAAAUGGGUUUUGGGGAUUUAAAAAUAAUAAAAUGAGUUGAGUCCUAGACUUAUCAGAUGGGAGAAGUGAUAAGGUAAGGUCUGAUGGGGGUAAUAUCAGUUCAGGCAGAUGAAGCCAGCACAACAGAUCUGAAAUAUUAGUAAGAUUAUUGUCCUGAGAACAUCACUUAAAUUGUUAGUUUAAAAUACUGGAGAAAAAAUCACCCAACCUGACCUAGGCAAAGGCAGACAACAAAACUGUAUUUGCUGAACAACAGCUGGCACUCACUCUUGUUCCAUUUCCUCUGCACCUUCUGCUGAGUGGCUGGGCUAACAGAUCAGACCAAUUUGAUACGAGUUUAAGGCUUUAGCUGUGAAGCUGCAGGACACUAGGCUGAAACAAGUUACAUAUUAAAAAAAUAGCACAUAUUGCUUUAUGCUCUUCUUAAUUGUUACAAAGAAAAGGAAGUAUCAUAUAAUGGGGCCUUUGGUUGGCCAUUUAAAGAAACCUCACAAAGAGACACUGGAUAUUUAACCCAAUAUAUACAUCCCCAGGCAAGUUUAAUGAAGUACCCACUUUAAGUUUCACAUUUGAUGGUAAACGCAAUAGAGGACAAGAAUGAGCAGUGGCCAAGGUCACAAAGUGGUAGCCUGUGGACUGCUUUGCCCCACAGAUAUGUUUUAUUUGACUGGCAUAGCAUUAAAAAUAUAAUCCAAUAUUAAAAAUAUGGGAUAUGGAGCUUGUCUUGAAAAACUGGAAAUUCUGGAAACCCUGGGCCAGCUAUCCUGCAUAGCACCAACUGAGUGGGGUUCAGAAUCAGUUUCUCCUUCCAGAUGGAGUGAGGCACUCAGAUCACCACAGCCCUGCUUGGCCUGCUUCCCUUAUUUGCCUUGUCUGCCUGGUUUGUAACCCCUAGAGGAGGUUAUAAAGGUCACAGACCAGGGGCCUGCAGGGAGAAUAAAUGUGUGUGGGGGAGGGGAAUACCUUCUAUAGACACAGAAAGUGUUAUUCUUAUAUUGCUAGAGAAACAGUCAAUGUCAUAAUGUUCCCUUCGAUAUCAACAUGUUUAGGGCUUCAUUAUAUCACGAAUAUUUAUUGGCCUUCAAAUUUAGCUUGACUGGCUCUUUGGGAAGAAGUAAGAACCCUUUUUCUAUCUUAAGUCUCUUCCUGGAUAGCAGAGGAUGACAGAGGGUAAAAAAUGCUGCUUGUUAAUGUCCAUGUGUUAUACUGCUUUAUCCAAGAAUCUUCAGUGCAAGUAAAGGCUAUAAAUUUUAAAGUUCAAAAGGUUAAGCAAUGGGAAAAAUCUCAUGGUGAAACUCACUUCGCUGAAAAGUACGCGGAUGCGCUGAGACAGUAUUAACAGCAGUAUACUGAAUGCAGCACAGCAUCUUUGGCCAACAUUUGCUUUAAGUCAUUAAUUUUUGCACUUUUCACAGCUACAAAGGAGGUAGCAGAGAUGUGAUAUAGUGUUUUUCUCCCUAAUGUUCAUUAUUCUGUGAGGUUUAGUGAUCAGCAUGUUUAUUUCCACAGUUAAUCACUGAAGCAAGAAAUGAUUUUUGGCUUUGUGGCAGGAAGGAACAUGUUUUGUAGUCCUAACUACAGCCUGCUCUGCCCUGACACUAUCAUGAAUAAUACUUCUUUGGAGGGCCAGGGAUGCUAUCUGAAAGAAUUUAUUUACAGUACAUCCUUGCUUCAGAGUUGUUCUAUUAUAAAUGUUUCCAAAUAUAUGGCAAAACCAAAUGAAAUGUGAGUUUAAGGCUGUUCUUGCUUUAAAUUUUAGUGAAAUGUUCAGCCAAGAGAAGUCAUAACUUGGCUGUGCUAUGCCAGGGAGACCAAAUGCAGUUCAAUCUCUUUGAGGGAAAACAGUUUUACAAACACAAACUGGCAUCAUCAUCUGAAAAAGCUGACUAUGACUAAGGAGGUAAGUACAAGAUGUGUCCCUUCCUCUUUUAAUGACUCAUUUUUUUUCCUCCCUCUGCAUCUUAAGCAUUUUCAAAGUUUUUAUGGGAAAAAAGUUGUAGUAGCAGAAAUGAUUGUUAGCAAGAAAAAAAAACUGGGAAGAAGCAAAGAUUAUUUUUGUGCAAAUGUCCCUUGCAUUGUUUCUGCUAUAAGACCAUCAAUUUAUUUAUAUAAAGACUCACUGAAUCAAAGAUUCGUGAAGGCCUAGAGUCUGGGUUUUUUUUUCCCCAGUGACAAAGGUCCAUGCGCAGGCUUACUGAGGCAUAGCACUGAUUGAGAGUUUAAAUGUUUAUUUAAAACAGAAAUGCCAAACCACUCCACCCUCAACCUUUCAACAUCUGGCUAACAAUAAGCUAAUUCUUCAGCAACAAUGUCAGAGCAGAGGAGUAACUCAGGUUAUACUAUAACUCAAAAGCAAUACUACUGGAAAACUUAAAACACCUAGCACUACAUAAAAAAGAAAAAUAGGACACAAUUUAAGAGAAUGAGCUAGAGAAAACCAUUCAAAGGCAUUUCUGAUGCUUCACCUUCCACUUUUUAUCUGAUGUGUGGCUGCCACCUUUGAACUGGUUUCUAUUUGCAUAGCUUUUUGGUGGGUAAAAUCAUAUGGCUGUCCCAGGCACAAUUUGGGAAAGUGCAAAUUGUCUCUAAGGCACAGAACUUAGAUUCUCAGCCAGAUUAACAGCAAACGUAAACUUCUCAAGGGAACAUGCUAGAGAAAAUGACCCCAGCGUUCCACUGCUAGAGAGUGAUUCCCCCUCUGGAGCCAGAGCAGGGCUCUCACCCUCUCUUCAAUGCUCACUUUCAUCCCACAGUCUCAGCAACGUGCCCAUGUUCCUCAGUUCCACGGCAGAGGCAAUACUCAUGAUUAACAACCAAACUGACCCUGCCUCUCAGGCCUGCUGAGAUGGUGAGCAUGAGGGAUACAGGAACGUGAAAGGCCAGUCAGUCCUUAAAAAAAAAAAAAAAAAAAAAAAUCAAA